GACCCCUGUGAGAAAGAAAAAUAUAAGAAGAGUAAAGGAAAGAAAAAGUAGAUCAAAAAAGAAGAAAACAAGAAAAAUACUAGUGUUGCCGAAUGUCAAAAGGAGGAUGGAGACAGAAGURGUGGCAACUAACACCAGUGUCCAACAUGACAGGAUAUCCAGCUCAUCMGAUAUGGAGARAAURGAACCUCCUAUCAAAAGAAGUAAAAUUGAAGUUGAUGGAGGGGAUGACGCUAUAAAUUCAGCACCAAUCCUCAAUGAACAGGGGAAAACUUUCAAAAAGGAUGAAAACAUGAUUGACAAUGCACAAGAUGUUACUGCAAAUCUAAACAACACCACCAAAACACCGACCAAGCUGUCACCAGAGAAAACAGAAAGUGAAACCAAUAGUAUUAAACCAGACAUACCAAGUGUACCAGUGACUAAUAAUGAUAGUAGUAGUAGUCCAAACAACAAAGAUUUGAAGCCAGUCAUUGAUAGUGGGAAGUCAGAUAAUAAGCCUGUUAAGAAGGAAAGUAAAGCUGAUGGUACUACUGAUGAUGAUGGUUUUGCUGGCCUUGACUGGAAAGAUGGUAUUGCUUCACUACCAGGCAGUGACCUUAAGUUCAAAAUGACUGAAUUUGGAACUCUGGAAAUAGUCAGCACAGUUUCAACAGAYAAAGGAGAAUCUGAAUGGAGUCCAUCUAAUCAAACAAAGCAGGAAACAKCAAGCUCACCAGCAAAACCUAAAGAAACUACCAGUAACCAAGUGUCUGUCAUAAAAAAGAGCCAAGAAGUUACUACAGUCAAAUCUAAAAAAAGCGACUCACGAAAAGUAAUAACUGAUCCUACUAAAGUACUUUGUUGUGAAGUCUGUGGUAAAUAUGGAAUGCCAAAAGACUUUUCUGCGUCGGGUCGUUUUUGUAGUCUCAAGUGUGUUGGUCAGUAYACGGGGAGACGAAAUAAAGGCAGAGAGUUUGUCCGUCAUGUUAAAACAUUAGAUGGCAAGAUUAUUAAGAAGAGAAAGAAGAAAGCUCCCGUCACGGAACCUUCGGCAGAGACACAAGGAGAAUCGAGUCAAAGCUCAGAAGUUAAGUUAACUGAACAAGAGGUUAACAAAGUUGUCAGUGGACCUGUGACUAUCAAAAAGAUCAAAGGGACUAAAAAGAAAAUCAAGCGRAUUCAACUCGAUGCUGCUAGCUUGGCCUCAACAGAUAACGUUCCUUAUGAUUCAAGUAAGCCAUUUGUUUGGGUAGACUAUCUACAUGCUUGUAACGCCAAGGCUGUUCCUGUCAGCGUCUUUCAGCAGGAAAAUCCCGAACUCAACAUGUUCCCAAAGCCUUGCCCUGAUUUUCUCCGAGGAAUGAAAGUGGAAGCCAUUGAUCCGAGGCACCCUUCUUACAUAUGUGUGUGCACCGUGGUACGAGUCAGAGGAGCACGACUUCGUCUUCAUUUCGAUGGUUGGUCAGAGAGCUAUGAUUUCUGGACUAACGCAGACUCGCCGUUGAUUUUCCCAGUUGGAUGGUGUGAGAAAAAUGGCCAAUCAAUUAGUGCUCCGAGAGGGGUGCCUAAAUCUGAGUUUACGUACCAAAGUUAUUUGGCUGAGCAAAAUGCUUCAGGAGUACCAAGUCAUCUUUUUAAAACGGUUUCACACAAAAGACACGGUUUUGAGAUCGGCAUGAAGCUGGAAGCCAUUGACCGUAAGAAUCCUGACCUUAUAUGUGUUGCCACGGUAACAAAUGUGAUUGGAAACCGUUUCCUGGUUCAUUUUGAUGAAUGGGAUGAUACUUAUGAUUACUGGUGUGAAGAGGAUUGUCCGUAUAUUCAYCCCAUUGGAUGGUGCGAAGCGAACGGAGGAAAACUUAACCCACCAAACGAUGAUGAAGUGGAUACGUUUACAUGGGACGAGUAUUUAAAGACAACUGGUGCUGUUGCAGCCCCACCAGAGUUAUUUAAAAAGAGGUUCGUGCCUGGAUACAAGCAAGGCCAAAAACUCGAAGCCGUGGACAAGCGAAAUCCGUCSCUCAUCAGAGCUGCAACUGUUGUUGAUGUGGAAGAGUACAAAGUCAAGCUACACUUUGAUGGAUGGGAUGACAUCUACGAUGAAUGGUAUGACGCUGACUCCACAGAACUUCACCCCGUGAGCUACUGUGAAAAGACUGGACACCCACUUGAGCCUCCAUUAACUCGUGCCGAUAAGAUAUCGUCUGCUGCCUGCCCCACCCCAGGAUGUAAAGGGAUUGGUCACGUGAAGGGUGCUAAGUAUUCUAGUCAUCACAGCACGUUUGGAUGUCCGUAUUCACUUCAAAACCUGAACAAGGAAUCCUGUCUKGUAGACCGACUGUCUACAAACUCCAUGACUGAAGAAUCCGACUGGUCGUAUGGAAAACGGGACAAGCCACCUCGAGAUUUAAAAGACGACCCCUCCAGUCCGACUGACGUGGCGAGUCCAACACCCAGUAAUGAUAGCAACCAUCACGUAACAGGACAUUGGAAGACUAAGUCCACGUCUUCAGUUACGACAAACAACGAUUUAUCGAUUCAUAAACGACCAAUACAUCGSUCGACUCCGUCUUAUUCAACAAAAAUGACGUCAUCUAGUACGUCAUCAAGUUUCUCAACCAGUCAUCAUUCGCCUAAUUGCUGCAAUGCAAGAGUUAACGCAAGACGGCACAGUUAUAAAGAAGAGAAGCCAUCGUUAGUAAAAACAAAAUUUGUUGAAAAAGGUAUACAAUACGUGUCCCCAUACUACCCCUCCUGGGGGUACGGUUUUGCUAAGUUACCAGUGAAUGGUCGAAGAGAUUACUACUCAUUAAACGACGACACCCCUUCUAAAGAAAAAAUUGCCAUGGGGAAAUGGACAACAGAGCAAGUUGAAAAACAUGUCAUGUCAUUGGGAUGCACGGAACAGGCCAAGCUGUUUGUUCAACAGGAAAUUGAUGGCGAAGCUUUUCUUCUUCUAACCCAGUCUGAUAUUGUUAAUAUUAUGAAUAUAAAACUUGGACCUGCUUUGAAGAUAUUCAACAGCAUCCCAAAGCAUUAGCAGACUUCUUCUUUGACUUGGACUUGUUAUUGCUGCAUGAUUGUAAAUAAGUGCAUCUGAAAAUCGUUGCAACCGUUUGCUUUUUUAAAAACAUUUUAUUGAAAGUUGCUUUUUGAUUCGUCCAAAAACAAAUUUAUGAGAAAAUCGGAUACCUCAGCCUUGUGGUGAGCGGCAGCCGAAAGUUUGCAAGUACAUGUUAUAAAUUAGCUAACGUUAAGCGUUGAAUUCCACCUCGGUAUUUGAAGCGCAGUGCGGAAUUCUCUGCCGCAAAGAGUUCUCGUUGAAUUCAACUGUUGGCGAGUUGUAACACUUAACGCGUGAAAUAGUAGUCAGUAAUACACGGAUUAUCACACUAAUGUUUAAUGUUUCACGGCUUUAAGUGGAACAACUCAACCCGUGAAAAAGAAUAGUAGACAAUAAGUUAGUAUAGUUUGGUUGUUUUUCUUUGUUUUACACACUAUUAUUUAGUGUUUCACGGGUUUAGGUGCUACAACUCCAGUCACGUCAAGACCUUACAGAAUAUAUUAUCAGGUUUCAUCUUUAUAAAAUAAACAUUUAUCUAAGAAAAUAUUAAAUAACAACAACAACAAAAUAACGCAUUUUAUAAAACUGUGCUGGAGUAAAAAUAAAGACUUUUGUAGAAAUUGUGUAGUUCUUGUUGAGAUUGUAAAAGACCUUUUUACCGUUUAUU